AUGAUCUACCUGCCCAUCCCCCUCUUGGGACCCUACUGCUCCUACAUACCCGCCCUCCAUGAUGCACUAUUUUUCGCCGCUGGCCCUGGUAUGUACACCAUGCGUAUGCUGGAAGGAGCCAGUGGCGGUGGGGAUUCCGAUUCUGCUGUCAGCUCGAUGGGUUCAGAAAGGGUACCAUCACUCAGCUCUGACAAUGAGUGGAUGGAAACCAACUCUGAUAGUGGUCAAGCUGCUGGGGACCAUUAUCAGGAAUAUUCAAGAAGCAAGUACAGAUGGUAUGACUAUAGUUAUGGACGGCAAUUGUCUGGAGAAGCUAGCAGUCUCAAUCACAGUAGGGGACAACCGCCUGUAGCUCAGAAGAAACACCACAUGUAUGGAAAGAGGAUAUUCCAUGACCAAGCAACUGGAGGAGUGGUAGGAGGAGGAAAUAUGUGUAGUGGUGGCGUGCCCCUAAAGAGCGAGUACCCACCCAACAUGAGCCCAGCGAUCGCACCCAACUAUCCACUUCACCCAGAGCUCAAGUACAGCUGCAGUGUUGAGUUCUCCAGGCAGGCCCUUUCACACCCAGGUGUUCGUUCCACUCCCUCACAAAUAGCUGCCCAUAACCACACCUACCACAUGCUCCCCGAGGAUUGUGGUUCACAACAAAGACCCCUGGCUAGAGAUAAAAAAGGACGAAAGAGCGAAGAGGAAACACAUUUGACACGGGACGAAAGGAGAGCCAGGUCUCUGAACAUACCGAUACCUGUUGAAGACAUCAUCAACCUUCCAAUGGAUGAAUUUAAUGAGAGGCUAAGCAAAUACGACCUUUCAGAAACACAACUCUCCCUUAUCAGGGAUAUCAGGAGGAGAGGCAAGAACAAGGUUGCUGCACAAAACUGUCGUAAACGCAAACUUGACCAAAUCUUGUCAUUGGCUGAUGAGGUCAAACAGAUGAGGGAAAGGAAGCAAAGAUUGCUUCAUGAAAGACAGGUCCUACUCAGCGAGAGGCACAGAAUGAAGAGCAAGUUCUCCCAGCUCUACAGGCAUAUAUUCCAGUCUUUAAGAGAUCCAGAAGGAAACCCUUACUCUCCCUAUGAGUGGACAUUGCAGCAGUCAACCGAUGGAUCUGUAGUCCUCAUUCCUCAGAACAACAGAACAUUGUCCGCAAACCAAGCAAUGCUGGAUCAGACGGACUCACCAGCCAGGAAGCCCCAUAAUCCUUAGCCUAUCUGGAGUAAAAUCUGCUCAACUCAACCAGUCAACUAAAACAAAAAAAAACUAUAUGCUCACAUUUAGCUCUUGUGAAGAUCUUACUUGCUGAGUUUAAUUGUUUUUGUAUUUUAAAAAAAUACUUUUUAUCUCACUUAUAUGCAUUUUAGAGCAGCAUUUUUAACUUUUAACUAUUUUUAAAGUAUACUGAAAAAUUCGACUACUUUCCCUGUAUUUAUAAAGUAUAUGUAUGCUAGAGGAAGCUGCUCAUUUUCAAAUUGAAUAAAACAGAAUCGUACUUAGGGCUUAGUACUUUCAAAGUUUAUUUUUUCAAAGGUAAUUUAAUAGUUAGGUUGAGGGGAUUAUUAAGGACUUUAAAGUGUGUAGGGUAUGAAUGUGUACAUUGUUUGAAGUAUAACUAAUACAUGCGCUACCUAACUGGAAAUAGCUUUUGCAAUUUUUUUUAAGCUAUUUCUAAUUUAAUUAAUUAAACAACUCAAAACAAUUUCGAACAAAACCAGGCUGUAAAUAAUUUAUUUCUUUUGUUUGAUUUUAAGUUAAAUGUUAUUAUUUUAUUUUUAAUCAAUACUAUUUCAUCAUUCCAUGGUCAUCAAGUGUGAACUGUGAUAAGCAUUUACCUUUUUGGGUCAUUUUUAGUUUUCAAAGUUUUUUUUUCUUUUUUUGUUUGUUAUAUCUGACAACAUUUAGAUUUUUUUUCUUUUUAGUCAUUAUUUGUUAUAAUCAUGAUAUAUCAUAGUCAAUUUAGCAGGCUAAUAGAAACAUCAAAACCAUUAAUAAUCUAAUAAAAAAAAAAUGAAAAAUUGUAAUUUUAAUGUUAUCAUUGCUUUAAUUAUUUUUCAAUAAUCCUAAUUUCUUUGACCGGCUUUUUUUUUCAUAAUUUAAAUGUUUUCUUUUUUUAGCAUUGAUAAUUAACAUUAUAUUAUAGUUUAUCAUUGAUUUUGAAUCAUAACUGUUAUAACAUAAAGUACCUGUAAUUCCUGGACUCAGUGAUAAUUGUGAAAUCAAAGUAAACAUUUAUUUAGCUCUUUUAAGUUCAGAAAAUUAACAGAAAGUUCAGAAAAAGCAAAUUAAUACAGCAUGAUUUUAGGUAAUACCUUUUUUAUUUUAAUUUACAUAUUUUUGUAUUUCUGGAACAGUUAGAAUUAUAAUGAAAAAAAAUUAUAUCAGUAACAAUAUGUAAUAAUACAAUUUUUAUGUAAGACAAUUUGGUUUCAUAUAAUUAUUUUUGUUUUGUAAAAUACCUAUAGUUUGUGUGUUGUGUUAAAUCUGUAAGAGCAUAAAGUUUCCAUGGACGUAUUUGCAAAUAUUUCACUGAGUGCUAUAAAAACAACCAACAAAUACUUUAAAUUAACUCUUUAAAAGAUUGUUAUAACUUUAUUUUUUUAUUUUGUAUAAAUUAAUGUUUUGUGUAUUUAUUUAUUUUUUAUUUGUUGAGUUAUUUCACCGUAACUUGAUUGUUAUUUCAAUUAAAGGCUCAAAAGUUUUGAGUCUAUGAACGAUUAUACAUGAGCUCAAACUAAGACCAGUGUAAGUCGAACUGAAAAUUUUAUUAUAUUUAGAAGUAUAUUUAAUAAUAAAACAAAAGUUAUUUAUAUGUAUAUUAAGUAUAUAUAAAAUAUAUAUUGGUGCAAUGCAAAUUAUUUAUAUAAAGUUUGUAUAUGUGUGUGCUUAGAAUCAUAGCUAGAGUUUUGCUCCAUUCACCUGUGUGAGCUGAUAUAUUUUGGAAAAUUUUCUAAAAUCAUUAGUAGUGUCAAACAAGGGCCUAAGUAUCGAAGUGAUAAAACUGUAAGUUCUUGCCCUAGCCUUUGUUAAUAAUAAUAAUGUGAUUAAUGGGUACAGGGAAAAAAAAAUCCAUUUAGAUGAUGGUGAACUUACUGACAAGAAAUUUUGUAGUAUUUUGUAUAUAAAAACAAUAGUCCUCGGAUUAUAUGUAUAUUAUAGUUGAUAUUUUUAUAAAUGUGAAAAAUGUAUGAGAAAAAAAAUGGAGGAUCCGUUGGAAAAAAGGGAGAUUGAUCUCUGUAAAUAGUGUGAAUUUUUUAUGUAUUUGUCCAUUAUUUUUUUUUUUUAAUUGUAUACAGUCUAGUGAUUUGUUGAGAAAUUAACGAUUAUAUAAUAAAUUAAUGGGUAACC